UUUGCGCGCGAACUCUAAGUGCGAGGGUCCUGGGGUCGGGUUGCGGCAGGUCGCGGUGCAGGCCCUUGGCGGGGGGUGCGUGAAGCCCACCGGGCCCGGACACUUUCCUCACACCGUCAUGGAGACCUCAGCGCACAAGCAGCAGCAGCAGCAGCCCGAGGCGAGCAAGAUCAGGAACCUGCCCUGGGUUGAAAAAUACCGGCCUCAGACACUAGAUGAUCUUAUUUCUCAUCAGGACAUCUUGAGUACCAUUCAGAAGUUUAUCAGUGAGGACCGGCUCCCGCACCUGCUUCUCUAUGGUCCUCCAGGGACAGGAAAGACAUCCACCAUCCUGGCCUGUGCUAAACAGCUGUACAAAGAUAAGGAGUUCGGCUCCAUGGUCUUGGAGCUGAAUGCUUCAGAUGACCGAGGAAUAGAUAUCGUUCGGGGACCAAUCUUGAGCUUUGCUAGCACAAGGACGAUAUUUAAGAAAGGCUUUAAGCUAGUGAUCUUGGAUGAAGCUGAUGCCAUGACUCAGGAUGCCCAGAACGCCUUACGGAGGGUGAUUGAAAAAUUUACUGAAAAUACCAGAUUUUGCCUCAUCUGUAACUAUCUGUCAAAGAUCAUCCCCGCCUUGCAGUCGCGGUGUACAAGGUUCCGAUUCGGUCCCCUGACUCCUGAACUCAUGGUUCCCCGCCUGGAACAUGUCGCAGGAGAAGAGAAAGUUGACAUAAGUGAAGACGGGAUGAAAGCGCUUGUAACUCUUUCCAGUGGAGACAUGCGAAGGGCUCUGAACAUCUUGCAGAGCACCAACAUGGCCUUUGGGAAGGUGACAGAGGAGACCGUCUACACCUGCACGGGGCACCCGCUCAAGUCAGACAUCGCCAACAUUCUGGACUGGAUGUUGAAUCAAGACUUCACCACGGCCUACAGGAAUAUCAUGGAGUUGAAGACUCUGAAGGGGUUGGCAUUACAUGACAUCCUGACAGAGAUACACCUGUUCGUGCACAGAGUUGACUUUCCAUCUUCAGUUCGAAUACAUUUAUUGACCAAAAUGGCAGACAUCGAGUACAGACUGUCUGUCGGCACCAAUGAGAAGAUUCAGCUGAGUUCCCUCAUUGCUGCCUUUCAAGUCACCAGAGACCUGAUUGUCACAGAGGCCUAGAUGCCGAUGACCACUCGCCGCCAAUUCUCAGGCCCAGGAGUGACUGGAGAGCAGGGGACUCAGUCACAAAGGAACUGCUGCCUGGGCCGGGGGACGAAGCUGCAGUCACCCCCAGUUUUGGAAAGUUGUUCCAGGCAUGGGUGGGCAGUCGUUUACAAAGGACCGUGUUUGUGGCUGUUUGGAGCAGAGAUGUACAAAGCAGUUUUAAUGUACAACUAAAUAACUCUUACUGUACUGCCCAUUUGUGUUUUAUAAGGGGGAAAAAGCAAAACCCUUUUUAGCUUUAAGGCUUUUACCCUUCAGUUGCUUAGAUGACAGGAAACUAGCCUACCCGAUUUGGACCAUCAGGCUUUCAAAUCUAAUAUGGUCUAAGUGUCUUCCAGCUCAAGGUAAAAAGAACGUGUCCAGAAUUAAGUUUGUAAAUCUAAUCUGUGGCGCUACUUUAAGUAUUAAUGGGUUUCUGACCCGAACUACUAUACUCUUAUAAAAUGGACUCAAUUUUCUUACUUUAAAAACUGGCCCUUUUUUUUCUCCUCUUGAAGUAGAAGGGUAGCUAGCAGGUUCCUAGUUGUGGUGUGGACAGUAGAGAAAACAUUCAUUUUAAACGCCACUGGGAACAGAGUUCACUUGACACUGACUUGUUUAACCCACAUGAGACUAAGCCUGACUCUAAACCUGGAAGUGCUAAAAGGAUUGGGACUCUUCAUAUUUAUUCUAAAUGCAAUGCAGUUUAUCUGCAAGCUUUUGUGCUGCCUCUGUGCUAGCGUUCUGCACAAUAAAAAAAAAAAAAGCAGCUUG